CUCGUCUUGGUCUAGACAUUUUGGUCUUUAUUAUUUGUCUCAUUGGUUGUUCGCACAUCAACCGGCAAUUCUGCAAGAUGAAGGGCCCAAACCCACCUUUGGAAGGUGCGCUGCGCCAGGCUGCAACGACUGAGACACUGCCAAAGGAUGGGGCUGAAGUAGACCAUCCAAGCCUUCAGUUGCCUGACUUUGGGAGCCGCCGGUACCUCAACUGUCAAGAAGAUGUUCGGAAUCCUGCUGCAAUAUAAAGUUGACAUGUUCACAAAAUAUUUUUGGAAAAGACCGACAUGGAGAAAGGCAAAUGAUGCAGCUGUAGUGUUUUUGCAUGUUUGUGCAGCAGAACAUGCGAUGUUGCUGCAAACUCAGGCAGUUGAAGAUAGACCGUUUGUACGGUUACUUGAAUGGGCCGGUGGAGGAAGUUGGUUUGAUUCCGGAGCUGGGGCAAUUUUUGAAGUGUGGAAGAAGCGAGAUGCAACGUCACAGACAUUGGAUUGACUCAAAAUGCGGGAGAAUUGUUUCCAACCUCGCACUUUGGUUGAAUGUUGUGCUGUUUGUCGUGGUCGGCUACUUUCAUAAAGCAGACUGGCAGACUCUCCAGCUAGAUCCAAUACUCCAAGGAUGCUACUGCGGUGUCGAGCUCGUAUUCUUGGCCUUUUUCUCGUAUGAGCUGUGGCAGCGGCACAGAUCGACAGUGGAGGGACUUGACAUCAUUGACGCCUUCAUGAAGACUGGCUGGAAUUGCUAUGAUGCAUUCCUCAUGGGGCUUUGCUUUAUUGAUGCCUGUGUGCUGAAUUUCAUACCACUGCCUCAAGUCCAAGCUGUUCACAAUCUCGUGCUUCUUCUCGCACCCGCUUUCCAAAUCCUCCGACUAGGACGUGUGGUGACAGAGCUUCGCUUGAUCAUCCUUGGCAUUCUGAGAGCCAUGCGUGCUGUGUUUUGGGCAAUGGUUCUCCUGACCCUGGUCGUCUAUUUCUUCGCAGUCUUUAGUGUCCACUAUGUUCGCGAAUUCUUCAAAGACGACACUCUGACUGCAGACCUCUUUAAGAAUAUGGGCGAGGCCAUGUUCACCCUGUUUUCCUUCGCCACCUUGGAAGACUAUACCACAACUGUUCGGCACUUCAUGAGGAGUGGCGUCGCUGGAGUGAUUGUGGCUGUUUGCAUUGUUGUCUUCAUUCUAUUUGCCAAUUUGGCAUUGCUCAACUUGCUGACAGCGAUCAUGGUUGAUGCAAUUGUUGACAUACUGCCCAAGAAGAGAUCUGAGCUGCUGACGAGGGAGAAAGCAACACUGGUGAAGAAGUUGAAAGUGCUGUUUCGGAAGAUGGAUGAACCUGUCAGCAAAAGAGUGAGCUGCGCUGAAUUCAAAAAGAAUAUGGACCAGCAUGUGGAGGAUGAACUUGGCAAGCUACAGAUCGCAAGCUCCGACCUCAACGAACUCUUCAAACUAAUUGACUUCACAGGUGCUGGAGCCCUGUCGGAGGAGGAGUUCAUCGACGGUUUGAUGCGUAUGAGCCCAUCCCCUGCAAGCAAACGAGAACUGCUGGAAGUACAGCAUGACCUGCACAGGAUGUGGAACAUGCUCUCAGUUGGCCAAGAGAGACUGCGGGAGCAGCUGAACGAACUAAAUGGUAUUGUCAAGGAAUUCCCGUUGCAGCUGUCAACCUUUAUGGACGAGGUGAAGGAGAUGCAUGAGAAGACUUUCGAAGCUUGUGUGUCCGAGCGGGAUGCUUCAGCUCAGAGAUUGACGCAACAAUUUGAAACCAUGUGCUCCAAAUUGCCACAUUUGCAGGAAUACAAACCUGACGAGCAUGUCCAGACUCAGCUAAAGGAGAUGCAGCAAAGCCUGGCUGAACUGAGCACCAGUCGUCUGCACAUUUCGGAGCAGCUGGUACAGGUUCUUGAAGAAAUCCAAGCGCAGCAGUCGGCUAUUGUUGCAACUACGCAGCCAUCUUUGCUGUCCACCUUUGAAGCUCCGAUUCAGGCCGAGACCGAGAAGGAGACGCCAGAGACUGGGAUUGUCACCAAGGUGAACCAACAGACUCAAACUACUCCGUCUGGUGGUGCCGAGUCUCGCGGCUACCAAGCUCAAAUCUCCACUCAGUCCCCUCAGGCCCCAUUUGCGCCCCUCAGUCUGCCCAUGGUCCCGCCAGGGUUUGCGAGCUUCCCAUCCAACGCAUGGCCGGUGGUCCCCUACACUGGGCAGCUGCAGGCAGCAUUGCAGGAGAUGAAAUGGGCUUAUCCAGAUUUGGUCGGACCUCCUUCACCUUAUGCUGAUGAGAGAGUUCGUGUGGUCAAAGUACUACACUGGCUCCAAGCCCAACGCUGGCAACAUUUGCCAUUUGACAGGCUCAUUUUGAGACUAGAGGGUGCUGGUAUACAGCUAAGUGAGGAGGAGCAAGACUUGCUGAAGUGUUGGUUGACGCACGGACCAUCUGGGCAACCACACGAAGAGAUGGUUUGGUGAUGCAGCCUUUUGUAGACUUGAGGUCUUCCAAAGAGGGGGAUGAAUCAAGUGAUACAAUAUUGUACAAAGUCUCUUGGCCUGUUCCAACGUGCUGCAGCGGGCAGCUUUUGCAGCUUGUGACUGCUGCAGAGACACGGGCUCCAGCUAAUGUACAGCGCACCCAAUUGCUUGCCAAAGAUUUGCUCAAGGCAAUUGCAAGUACCGCGUUGAGAAAUGAAUAGAGACGGAGAGAUUUCUGAAGUGUCGGAGUCGGAGGUUUGCUUAAAGAUUGAUCAUCAGAUAUCAUCAGGACCUAUGGUUGUGGCCGGGGUGUGUAUUUGUGUGUGGCUGCAAGACUGAAAGCGACGUUGAAUGAGCAAAGUCCUUUUAGGCCUGGAUAACCCAGCUGAUGGAAGUAGAGGGGAGGCAGCGGCACCGCAUAUGUAUAAAGUAUAUACUUACAUAAUGUAUACAGUUGUUUGUAUAUAUACAUAUUGUGUAUGUACACGUAUGUUUGCGCAGUUACACAUGUUGUUUAAGUGACAGGCUGUGGCAGCAACACUGGCGGGAGCUUACAUUUGCGCAACUCGAAAGUGGGUGCUGGUGGUAACCUUCGAUGCUGGCAUGGACGCUUCAUUUACACUCAAGGUAUGCACGGGCGUGGCAGAGCAUUUGGUAGCGGAAGGGCAAUGAUAUGCCUUCUUCUAGCGGCGAGCAGAGGGUGUGUCCUACUGCGGCAAGACCAAAUGCAAUUGCUGUCAGAAUUUGCCACUGGGUGCAUGCAGUGCAGAACAAGAAUCAAGCGCUUGACACCUCAAUGUCGCAAGUUGCAUCCACAGAGUUUUGCCAUAGUUGACCAUGUUGAC